AUGGUAAAGAUCAAACCCACGCCGUCUUUGCUGCGACAAGCCUGCCCUGCAAUCCGCUCCCUACCCUAUCCCUCUCACACCGCGGCCUCAUCACGUUCGCAUUUCCAGAAUAUUGUGAGCCCCAAGCUAUGUGGUGAGCUUCGCCCAUACUAUUCCGUCUCGUUGUUCUCUCUAAUCACUCUAUUGCUAGACAACAUUCUUACCCGUCUACGUCCUUCUCUGCCAGCAGAAGAUACCUGCGAUCUCAUCGAUGUCAACCCAGGUCUAGGACUAUGGUCUCAGAAACUACAUGACAUCUUGAAACCUCGGCGUCACAUCCUUGUCCUGCCGAAUCUCAAGGCCUCCUCGCCUCAUCUAUCUACUUUGCUCGAUGCUCCCAAUUCAAAAUACCGACAUGCUACAGUCCUCGAUGAUGUCUUCGACCCAGCAAAGGGCCUCCUGUCACACUACCCACCAUCUUCUUCUACCACUCCAAACCGUACCCAGCUGAACCCGAACGUCUUGAUGACUGUCAACCUUUCUGGACCCAAGAUAUCUCAUCAUGGCUAUAUGGGUACUGUCUCUAAGCUGUUCAUCAACAACCUCUGGCAUUCACACUGGGGCCAGCGCGGCGACCUCUACCGACAUGGAAUGUUCAGAACCCUCGCCUGGAUCCCUCACGAGGACAAGUUCGUCAUCGUUCCACGCUCCGUAGCCCUUCGCCGUAGACAGAGUAUUCUCUUGGAAGCCACCACAGCUGUCCAUGAGCUUGCCGCACCCUCCAGGCUUGAUCGGAAACACGUCGGCCAGGGCCAAAGAUUCGCCGACAUUGAUCUAGAGGACCAUCAACGCGUCAAGGCUUCCGAAGAGGGUUCGGGUGUUUCCACACCGCUAUCUCGCCAGCAACCUCUUCCACCCCCGUCUCUUAACGCUGUAAGCCCAAUUAAAGCUAUUCGCCAGAAGGCUGCUUUCGUUUCUGAUGCCAAGUGGUUGCCAGAACUGAGGGAAUUAGACUCCUAUGCCAGGGCACGGUACCCUCAAACAUAUAAGCAAGCCAUAGCACGCUUGGAGGCCCAGGCCAAACCGCCCGAACCUGAUGUUACGAAGAAGCCCAAAGUCUACUCUGGUGUAAAAGCAAAAGAUGCAUUUCUUCUUGAACACCCCAAGGGUAGGGAUUGGCGUCGUCUCCUGGCCCGCAUUUACACAGAGCACAAAACACGCUUGCGGGCCAUUGAUUUGGUCAAUCAGCAAAGGCUACUAGAGCGCGAGUGGAAAGACGCCAUCUUGACAAAUUCGCUUGAUGCUUUGUCUGAAAAGGAUUUGCAAGAACGAGCAGACCUGCUAGGUUCGAAAUUGAACAAGCUGGCCAAGAACAACAAAGUAUUUGCAGAAAAAGCCAUCGACGACUACAGAGCCUAUGACCAUCAGCCUCGAGUUCUUGCGUGGAACAAUCGAGUGGCAGAACCUUUGUUGGUUCACAAACACGAAUUCUCACCCUCAACUAACCAGAUGGCCUUGUUCGAUCUCGUUCCAACCGCCGAUUUGAACCAUCGGCUUGACACUGAAGAGAAACUGAUCUGUUUUGGUCAUCUCAUGAGUUUUGUCUCGAUUUACUCAUCAAAGAGUGUGUAUGAAGUCUGCUCUAUGAUCAUCUCCGGUGACGUCGAAAACUUCCUCCAAACGAUUCAGGACAUCCAUGAUCCAACCAAGGGUGGAUGGUAUGAUCUGAAGAUGUUAAGAAUCAGGUCGCUGCCGACCAAUUUGUUUGUCGAGAUAGCCGUCGCUUUUGAGCAGUGGCCCUUUCGACCAUCGACUCAAACCCUAAUGAGGGUUGAUUCGUGA